GUCAUCCUUCCACAAUGAGCCUCACUGCCAAAGACAAAGCUGCCGUCAAAGCCCUUUGGGCCAAGAUCUCAGGAAAAGCAGGUGACAUUGGUAACAAUGCUCUUUCCAGGAUGUUGGUGGUCUAUCCUCAGACCAAGACCUAUUUCUCUCACUGGAAGGACCUGAGCCCCGGUUCAGCUCCCGUGAGGAAGCACGGAGCGGUUGUCAUGUCUGGUGUUGCUGAAGCUAUUGCGAAAAUCGAUGACCUCACCAAUGGACUGCUCAACCUCAGUGAGCUUCAUGCUUUCAAGCUUCGGGUCGAUCCUGCCAACUUCAAGAUUUUGAAUCACAACAUACUCGUUGUUCUGGCUAUCUUGUUCCCCAAUGAUUUCACUCCAGAUGCUCACGUGGCUAUGGACAAGUUCCUCUCUGCUUUGGCUCUGGCUCUGUCCGAAAAGUACCGAUAA